AACAGUCCCCCGCCAUGAUUGUUGUGUUUUUCAGGCUGUCCGUUGCGCAAUACCUGAACAUGGAUUCUCGAUUUGCCCACUUGCGCCAGCGGGACACCAGCGUGUCAAUGCUGAGGGUCAAAAUGUCCCGCAGGAGAUCCCAGUCCCAGAAAGAGAACCGAGAUCGCGCUGUUAACACGCGCAGGCAGCUGGACAAGCUCCCAGAGCUGGAAAUGUCCUGCCUGGAUGCCUCCAUUGCAGUGGCCAACAUGUCAACCAUUCAGGAGAAGACAGUGAACAAGGGAAAAUCUGCUACAAACAUAGCUGGGGAAGAGAGGAUGAAACAGCUUGAGCGCUGGAAGGAGCGUAAGGCUCUUGAGAAGGAGAAGGAAAAGAGAGAAAAGGAGCGUAAAGGGGUAUUUAAGACUGGCAUGUAUCAUCCAAAGGACACCCUUAUCAUUGCCUCUCUGCCCGCAGUCCCAGCUGCCUCAACAAGAGCUAAAGAGAAAAAAGUGAACACAGCUCCAUCCCAGAGUGCCAGAGUGACUCGUUCAAUGAAACAGCAGCAGCCAGUGCAGAGGCCUCUGAAAAUGCAGGAUCCAAAUACUGUGGCAAAGAAAGCUCAACCUGCUGCGGAGAGGUCAACCAGGAGCCGGGCCGCUCUUGUCAAGCCUGCACCUGUACCUGCACCAGCCAAGACCAAAGUUUGUGCAGUGGAGCCUGUUGCACGAGCUUUGCCGACCAGAUCAGCCAACAGGCCUCCUGUUACAGCAGCGCCUGCGGUGAAAGACAAACCUAAGGGCAAAUCUGCAGAUGUAAGAACCACAAGGAGCAGAGUGUUUGUCAACCAUGUGGCCCCCUCUUCUGACAGAGAUGGGAACUGCAAAGCAGCUGUUGACAACACUGUCAAGCCUGCUGUGCCCAAGGAGCCUGAGAUGCAGGAGCCAGAGGAUAAACCUCAUCCCCCCAGCCCGGCACCCUGUUCUGAGGAGGAAGAUAUGGUAGUGGACCAAACUCCGGCUGACUCUGUCCCUGCUGCGAAUCCUGUUGAAGCCCCAUCCUCUGCAUCUUCUUUUGCUCCAGCGGGUUUUGUAUUCCAGGCUCCCACUGGCUUGUCGUCCUUCAAGUUCGAUCCUCUCACUCCUCGCUCAGCAGACGCCUUCCUUACACCAAGCCCCAGCUUCACUCUUCCAGAGGUCCCUGCUCUCAACUUUGAGCCUAAGGAUGAGCUAAGCGAACCCUCCCCACCUAAAUCUCCUCGCCGCUCUCCUCCUCAUACAUCUCCCACAAUGGCCCCGCUGACUCCAGGCAGCCCCCUGGAAUCAAAGCAUGAUGUACCAUACUUCAGGUCAGAAAUUGCCAAUGAGACAGACAGACUGACGGCACUGUCUGUCCUCUGGGAGUCUAAAGUGGGGGAUGAGUCCAUCCCAGAAGAGAUGAGAGACAGUAUGCGCACAGCAGUCGGCCAAGCCAGGCUGUUGAUGAAGGAGCGCUUCAAACAGUUCAGCGGUCUGGUGGACGACUGUGAGCUGGGCCGAGGGGAGAAGAUCACCACCUGCACUGACCUGCAGGGUUUCUGGGACAUGGUGUAUUAUCAGGUAGAGGACGUCAACAAGAAGUUUGAUGCUCUCAAAGAGGCAGAGAGCCGAGGCUGGGUGGAGGAGCACAAGCCACCACCAACACGACAGCGGAAAGUAGUGAAGAAAGCACCUGCACCUGCUAAGCCAACAGGAACCAAAGCAGCAGCCAAGUCUCGCCUGGCUGCUGUGAAAGCAGCCAUGAAAGCCAAACAGCAGGCAGAGAAAGAGACAAAGGAUGCUGGGAACGAUGAGGACAAACCCAGUCUGAACCCUCAGGAACCACAACCCCAAGCAGAGCCCCAACAGGCCGAUGCAGUGGUCUUUGAUGGAGGUUUCUUUCAAGUGGAGAGCCCAGCCAAACCAUCAGGUUCAUUGAGGCGAUCCAGCCGUUUGAGCGCUGCCAUGCUGCCUCAGGCCUCUCCCUCCUCCAACUACCUCUCACCAAGAAGAGUCACUCGGCGAUCCCUCGCACUGGCACAAACCCCCGUUCACACCAUCUCCUCUCCUGCUCAGCCCGUCCACACUCCCGCCCACUCCCGUCUUACCCUCAGCCAAACCCCAGCACAAGCACCAAAGUCUCAGUGCGGCACCCCUCAGUCAUCCCACACCAGAAAGGACACUGCAAAUGUCUCCCUUUGUUUCUCACCUGUCAGAGAAGUGCUGUCAGAUGGCACCCAGCCUGAAGGAAGCCCUGCUCAGCAGCCAGAAACAGUCUCAACACAGGAAAACACUGCUUCCGUUCCUGCAUUGAGCACACCCAUACCUGUACAUUCACUUCCGUCCAUUUCUGUGGUCGAGGAGCAAGAUGAACCCUCUGAAGGUGUCGAUGUUGACCUCCCUGUCUCUCCACGGCUUUCCCUCUCUCCAUGCAAAUCACCUCCAGCAGUCUCCCAGGCCCCAGAGCCCUCAGCAUCUCUGAGUUUCAUGUUGUCACCCUGUGUGACUCCCUGCCAGCCUCCCAUUGCCCCCUCUCCUGCUGUGCAAGCCCAGCCAUCUGUGUGUUAUACUCCAGACAGCUCAGUUGUUGAGGAAAUUCCUGGGUUGGACUUUGAGCGUUACCUCCAGCCUUCACAGAGAUGCAGCUUGUCACCUCGGGCCACGGUUGCCGUAGAGCUGUCCCCCAUGGCAGCAGAUAUAGAAAUGGAGAGUCCCAGAAGUCAGUCAGAGUACUUGCUUACUCAGCAGGAACCAGGCCCAGACAGUCGAGUCUGACAUGCUUCUCUUUACCCCGGACCUGAAGGACCGGAUACGCCAGUCCAUCUGUCCAAGUGACCUUAUGGUCUUCACCCCUCCCCUCUAAUGUGUAGCAAAGAGUUCUGUUACCUGCUGUUAAAUCUUUUAUUUUGACAUACUGAUUACUCUUUUUACUGUCUUUGAAAAAAAAAAGUAUCUGAGUGAGUGUGUUUUAUUUUUACAUCACUAGAAAAUAGUUUUGUCUUAUAAUUAAAGUUCAGGCUACAACAAGAAAAUGACCGUUACUCUUCAUUUACAUCCAAACAGAAGUCAGCAGUUCACUCGAUGCUUUUAUUACUCACCAUAUUUAAAGGCUCUAUUCAUUCUGUUUGUUUUAAGAUUGUGGAAAGUUCAAAUACAGGAUAGUGUGCUUCAUCCUACAUUCGUCAGGUUUCUCAUUUCUCUUCUGAGACUUCUGUCAUUCAUCAAAGCUCCAAAUGCCCCCUCUCCCUGUAACACAAUAAUACAGUACAGCCAUGAAGACUACACAUGUUGGUGGCACAAUAGUGAUGAUUUGGGACUUGGUGGGGUCCACAUCCAAGAGGCAGAGCUAAUACUGGAAUGGAAACUGCAGGCAGGACAGGUGAUAAGGCGCCAUCUGGUGGCUGUUUAUGCAUGAGAACUGUCCUCAAUUUCUCAAUACAAAUUUUUAUUGUAACAUAAAUUGAAAUAUUAACAGGGUGUCAGCAGAUCCUUAAAAUGUCUUGAAUACAAUUUUAUUAAUAUUAGGACUUAAAAGUCAUUAAAUAGUCUCAAAUUUGAAUUUGUGAUGUCUAAAUUGCAACAAACAUUUUAUCUUGUCAUUUAUUGAUCUUUUACUUUCUUUUUGUCAAAAUGAGUCAAGCUCUUCUGCACGAUGGUACACAUUUCUGGUAUUCUAUAUCUUUAAAUCUACUGCUGAACCUAAAACUGUCCUUUUACUUUACAAUUGCACUUAACCUGUUGUCAAAAUAUAGAUUAAGCUAGCUCACUCCCAUAACCAUAUUCUUAAAUGAAACCUACCUCUGCACUGGAACACAUGUAUACUACUUGGCUUUAUACUAACCUGCAACACUUCAAUUAGAAAAUCAUAUGUCUAAUAUCAUUCUUAAAUGUGGUUAAAAAUUAUCUUUAAAAGUAGGGCUGGGUGUUACAUCAGUUCUGGAUAUUGUAAUAUUGCAAGUGUUGUAUUUUCCUGGUUGUAAAGGCUGCAUUACAGUAAAGUGAUAUCAUUUUCUGAA